AUGUCUCUAGGCCCGCUCCAGUCAGACCCAAGCUUUGCACAGCAAGGCUCCGUGGACUGGGUCGCACUCUCGAACACCAGCGUCCAAACAUCGAUGGCGGUUUUGGCACGACUCUCUCGUGCCGGUCUGGAGCCGCUGACUGCAGUGGUAUGUCAAGGAAUCUUUUCUCUGAUUCCUAUCGGCAUUAAAGGAGAAAAGGCUAUCCAUGAUGCUUUAUCAAAGACUAAAGCCUAUAGCACCUUCGGGGAUGUUCUUUGGUUCGGGAUUGGGGUCAGACACAUUCUCCGCGAGUUGCCAAAAACAUCUGAAGGCGCAUCCAGUGUCGCAAUUGCUGCAGCACUAGCGGAAGGCUUCUCAGUUGACUUUGGAGCAGCAGUGCUUUUUGAACUUGCAAAGUUGACAGGCAGCCCUGCCGAGCUUACACCUUCAUUUUCACAAUGGCAGGUGUAUUCGGAGAUUUGCUCAAGCAUCCUUACCGCAACUGGAUUUGGUGUCAGGGUAAACCAGCUCACUAAGGUUCUAGGGUUUGCCAAGGGCUUUGGCCCCCGGGACCGUUGGCCUGUUGGCAGGGAGUUCGAGGAUGAGGCGAAUGACGCAAGGAAAAUCGCAGGAUUCCUUCUCACCAUCGGAUCAAUCAUCAGGGGAGAAAUCCAAGCAGUUGAAGUCUCCGGUGGGUUCUCCUGCCUUUGGGCAUACGUUCUGUGCGAUAUGAUAUUUGGAAUACGGGCAGAAAUAUUCGACAGACAACACGAGGGCCUUGGAAUAAUUGCGCAGAACUAUGACCAGGGCAAGAACUCUUAUCAAGUACGUUUCAUGAUUGAUGGACCUGGGUCUUUCAAAGGGAUGUUGCAAACUAAGUCGAUAUAUUCACUGCAAUAUGGCGUCCCGGCCAAACAUCUCAAUGGCCGUGACAUUGGCUGCAAGCUUCGGGUUCCUGAGAACGAGAUUCUUGCAGGAAUCUUUGGCGACGAAAUCAUCGGCGUCCUCCAGAAGGACACUCAUCUGUUGGCUGAGGUCCUGGGUCGAUAUGUAUUGCUCAAACACUACACAUCCUCCCCUCGACUUUCCGAGUACUUGAGCAAACAUGAUUCUCCACAAGACCUCUUGGAUUGCCUGAUUACUGCGAUGCCUGAACUCGGAUUUUCGAGCAACCUCGCAGCAGAAGUCAUCGACAGGGAGCAAGAGAGAUAUCAGUCACCCCACACAAGCCGUGGCGCCUACCCGUCAAGUGGCAUUCAUGAAGCACUGCACGAUAUCCCAAUUGAAACCCAAAGAAUCUGGCUUGCUUCCAUUCGACUGGCAUACGCGCUCUCAAACGUCAUAUUAGAUGAGCCAUUGCAUCCAACGAGAAUUGGGUUACGCCGCUUCUUUCAAAACAGGGACAGAGACUUCCGAUAUCUGAUCACUGGUUACACCCGCACUGCAACUGAGACUGAACAGUACAUCGAUCCGGAAUGGACUGUCGUGGACUACAUCGGCUUGUUUUCUGGGUGGAUGUCCGAAGAGACAUGGAAGGUUCCUUCAAAAGAGAAGAAGAUACUUUCGGGCACCUUUCAAAACCUGGCGACAAGUAGAGAGGGUAUCUAUUGCUACUAUCAAUACUUGGCAGACCCAUUUCAGUCUUACCAAGAUGCGAAGAAGGUUCACAUAGGACGUGGUACUGUAUUAGUCGGUCGCAGCCAUCACAUAUAUCGGGACAUUUGGUCUCCGGAUCGGAGCGACAUGAUGCCCUUCUAUGACAACCUAUUCUGUGGUAUUCCGGUGGCCACUAGCGCAAGGCUUAUGGUAGAUGAAAGCAUUUCGGGCCUGAAAGUGUGGUACGAGCAAUGGGGUGAGACUCACAUCGAACAUGUGGAGGCUUCUCAUACCGAUGAGGUUGAUAGCAGGCAGGCAGUGAGCCUUGGAGAGGCCUUGGAGAAUGGCUGGCUGGGAUUCAAGGGAGCUUGGAGGGGCCCCUAUGGCACCAUUGGCGAUUCGGUGAGCUCGCUCAAAGACGAGAAAUUGGAAAAGUGGAAGAGUGUAUAUUUGGCACCAUAG